AUGGAGGGGAACGAGCACAGUGUCGAUGCCAUCUGGCAGAUUGGCGUCUUUGAUGCUCACUGUCACCCGACCGAUAUCUUGGCAUCCAUCAAGGACAUCGCCAACAUGAAAGCUAGGGUUCUUGCCGUGAUGUCGACGAGGCUACAAGAUCAGCACCUCGUCCGAGAAGCUGCAGAGAGAUACCUGCUCAAAGAUCCACACGCGGACUUUACAGAGGAUAGCUCGAGAUACGUGAUUCCGGCGUUCGGAUGGCACCCCUGGUUCUCACAUCAGCUCUACAAUGAUCUGGACGAGGCUGGUGUCGAACCGGACCAGGUGCAGCACUAUGAAAAUGUGUUGACACCGAAGCCGGAUGACGUUCAAUUUAUGCAGGCUCUACCGCGUCCGCGAUCUCUCCGCCAGUUUCUCCAAGAGACGGAAGAGAGGCUGAAAGAGUUUCCAUAUGCGCUCGUCGGAGAGGUCGGGUUGGAUCGUUCUUUCCGUCUGCCGGAAGGACCAAGCGCCAUGACAGGCGAUAUGAAGAGCAAGACUGGAGGUUCCGAGGAAGAGUAUACUCCCGGGACACGGGAGGGGAGGCCGCUGUCGCCUUAUCGGGUCAACAUCGACCAUCAGAAGGCCAUCUUGAAGGCACAGUUCGAGCUUGCGGCAAAACUUCGUAGGCCGGUAUCUGUCCACAGCGUCCAAGCACACGGCUUGGUGUUUGAAGUCAUGGAGGCUCUUUGGAAGGGGCACGAGAAACCUUCGAAAGCACAGAGAAAGAAAGCCAGGGAUGUGGCAAAGGCUCAUCUCGAUGAUGAGAGGUCGCAGGCACUGGAGCAGUCGACGGCAUCUCCCUUUCCGCCGCGUCUAUGCAUGCACUCUUACUCUGGCCCCCCAGACGCCCUUAAGCGGUUCCUCGCGCCCUCCAUCCCUGCGGACAUCUACUUCUCUUUCUCCAUGGCAAUCAACUUCUCGAAUACGUCCACCGCAAAAGUCACCAGUGUCAUCCAGGCGGUUCCGGACGACAGAAUACUUGUGGAGAGUGACUUGCAUUGUGCUGGGGAAAGAAUGGACAAGCUUUUGGAGGAGAUCGUGCUCAAGGUGUGCGAGAUCAAACAAUGGACGGCGGAGGAUGGCGCGCGACGACUGAAAGCAAAUUGGAUGAGAUUCAUGUUUGGCUAA